CAAAGCUUGCUUUUCACACCCUCCACACUCUCUCUCUCUCUUUCUUUCUUUAAUUAUACGACACAAGUAGAACCAGACAUUUCUUGCAUGGUUUAGAAGCUUUGCUUUCUUCUUCUUCUUCUUCUUUUUGUUAGUGGGGGUGUGUGUUCUUAACUUCCUUUUCACUUUGUUUGUUUGUAAUUUUGAUACAAAUUUUGAGAGAUGGAGAGGGACUUCUUGGGUUUGAGCUCAAAAAAUGUUUCAGUCACAGUGAAAGAAGAGCUCAAUGAUGACUCUAUCUCUAUGAGCUCAGCCCUGCUUAGAGGUUCAGGCAUGCAGUGGUCAUUCUCAAACAAGGUAUCUGCUGUUCCUCAAUUCCUGUCUUUCAGGGCUGCACAGGAAGAUAGGCCGAGAAAGAAUGUAAAUGAUUCACUAGCAACAUCCGGGUUUAUGACUGUUUCAACUGCCAAUGUUUUUGACUCUAACCAGAAAUCUUACACGGUAAUCCAGAAGAAUUUAAUUACUGAUAAGCAAGCGGGGAACCACUAUGCAAUGACAGCCUAUCCUAUACAACACUUUGAUGCACAUUCAGUUCAUCGCCCCCAAGAAGUGAGAAUAUUCCCAGUCUCCAAUCAACUAAAUCAAACAAGUCCAAUCGCUUUGGGCACUACUGUUCUCCAGUCUCAUCUUGCAUCCACAAGCCAGAAUGUUGUUGGUUCUACCAUAAAACCACAACCUCUUGGAGGAAUCACAGCCCCUAUUUCUGUUGUGCCACUUAGAGGUUCCAUGGUUGGUACCACUGAUCUCAGGGAUGCUUCAAAAUCCUCCAAGGCACCUACUCAGCUAACAAUCUUUUAUGCUGGCUCAGUCUGUGUUUAUGAUGAUGUGACUCCUGAGAAGGCUCAAGCAAUUAUGCUACUGGCUGGAAAUGGGUCUUCUCCAGCGCAUAAUAUAACACAAUCAACAGCUCAAGAGCAGGCAUUGAUUCCUCGGUCUUCCCCAAGUGAUUCGAUUACAACCCAGUCCCAUACCACAACACUGUUCCCAGGGCUUCCAAGUCCUCUUUUUCUUACAUCCCAAGCUGGUUCUCAGUCUGGAGUAGUAGCAAGUAGCACCAAUGAAUUAGUGACAGGAAAACCCAGGGGAUCUUCAUCAUUUCCUACUAAACAUUCAGAGCCUCCUAAAGUAGUCAGCCCAGCAGGAUGUGCUGCUAAAACCAUAAUUCAAACAGUAGCUUUGCCUCAAGCGCGUAAAGCAUCCUUGGCUCGAUUUUUAGAGAAGCGCAGGGAAAGGGUGAGCACAACACCAUACUAUUUCAGCAAGAAUAAUCCAGACUGCAGCACUCCUGGACCUGAUGGUGUGGGUUACUCUGCCAAUUCCUCUGGCUCCUGUCCUCUCCCAGCAAUCAAAUAGACCAAUAGAGAGGAACAAAGAAGAGUUACACACUACUUUAGAGAUCUAAGGAGUGUUAUCAUUAGCAUUAAAUUUUGUUUUGUUUUAAGCUCAAUUCUUUUCACCCCAAGUUUUAGACAAAUGUAUUAGCUGUAUCCUAUUUUAUUUUUAAAUUUUAUAUUAUAUUGAUAACUUCAUGAGCA